AUGUCGUCUGUAGCAGCGUCGGCGAGUGCGGCGCCCACGGCGCCCAUCAAGGCCCCGCCGCAAGCCGGUAUCCUCGAGGGCGUCAAUCCAGUGCAUUUCGACAAGAAUCAUCCGAUUAUUCUGUUCAUUGUUCAGGCAGGCAUAAUCAUCAUCUUUUGCCGCGCACUCAACUGGCCCCUCUCGAAGAUCCGUCAACCUCGUGUGAUAUCCGAAAUCAUCGGCGGCAUCAUUCUAGGUCCCUCUGUUAUGGGCCGGAUCCCCGGCUUCCAAACCUCCAUCUUCCCAACCGAGUCCAUGACCAACUUGAACCUGGUUGCCAAUCUCGGUCUCACAUUGUUUCUGUUCAUCAUUGGCCUGGAAGUAGAUCUACGGUUUUUACUAAGCAACUGGAGACCAGCGCUCAAUGUUGGCUUGGCGAGUAUGGCUAUUCCGUUUGGACUUGGAUGCGCUAUUGCCGUGGGACUUUACAAUGAGUUCAAGGAUGAGCCGGAUACGGUCCAGAUUGACUUUGCCAUCUUUAUGUUGUUUAUCGGUGUGGCUAUGGCGAUUACUGCCUUUCCUGUGCUUUGCCGUAUCUUGACGGAACUCAAGCUGCUCAUGACUCCAGUUGGUGUUAUUGUUCUCUCAGCUGGUGUCGGUAACGACGUUGUCGGAUGGAUUCUACUCGCUCUUUGUGUAGCCCUUGUCAACGCUGGCUCGGGUCUGUCAGCACUGUGGGUGCUCCUCACAUGUUUUGGGUACAUGCUGUUCCUUGUGUACGCCGUUCGACCAGCAUUCGUCUACAUCCUGCGUCGUCAGCGCGCACUUCAAGACGGUCCCAGCCAAGGCAUCAUCAGUCUCACUCUGCUCAUCGCUCUGGGAUCCGCUUUCUUCACCGGUAUCAUUGGUGUCCAUCCUAUCUUCGGUGCGUUCAUGGCUGGAUUGAUCUGUCCGCACGAAGGUGGUUUUGCCAUCAAAGUUGCUGAGAAGAUUGAGGAUCUAAUCGGCGCACUCUUCCUGCCGCUCUACUUUACCCUGUCAGGACUGAACACUAACAUUGGCCUCCUGGACUCUGGUAUUGUUUGGGCCUACGUCAUUGGCGUCUGCGCUGUAGCGUUCUUCUCCAAGUUCCUCAGUGCUACACUUGCGGCUCGCGGAAGCAAGAUGCUUUGGCGAGAAUGUUUCGCUGUAGGAUCACUGAUGAGUUGUAAGGGAUUGGUAGAGCUGAUCGUCUUGAACAUCGGGUUGAAUGCCAAGAUUCUCAGCACUCGAACCUUUACCAUCUUCGUUGUCAUGGCCCUUGUCACUACCUUUGCGUCGUCUCCCUUGACCAUGUACUUCUACCCUCCAUGGUACCAGAAGAAGGUCGAGGCGUGGCGUCGCGGCGAGAUUGAUUGGGACACCGGCAAGCCUCUUGAUGGUUCCGAAGAUGGUGUCGACGGUGUGAACUACGAGAAGAUGGCUGCUGAGAAGAUCCAGCGGAUGACCGUCUACCUCCGUCUGGACAGUAUGCCUAACCUUCUAGCCUUCACCUCCCUCUUUGGUGGAAACGCAGACAAGCCAGCGGCCAAGACACACCCUUCCAAGGACAUCAGCAGUACUGGCAAAGAGACAGGCGAGACAUCAUUAGUCGAAACCGCACCAUCGAGACCAGUAGAAGCCUACGGCCUCCGUCUACUCAACCUUACCGACCGUGGCUCCUCCGUCAUGCAGGUCUCGGAGAUAGAAUCAUACACAGCCUACGAUCCUGUUGUAAACACCUUCCGCACUUUCGGUCGUCUCCACAACCUGGCUGUCAGUGGUGAAGUACUCGUCGUGCCGGAAUCCUCUUUCGCCGAAACUCUCGCCACGCGUGCUUCAGACUCCAACUUCCUUGUUCUUCCCUGGAGUGAAACAGGCGGUAUGUCCGAACAAGCCAUCAUCGAAGACAAGGGAACGAAGAACAAGCUCGCCGCAUCAGGUUACAACUCGUUUGUGCAUGAGACGCUCGAACAAGCCAGCAUACCCGUCGCAGUACUCAUCAACAAGAACUUUGGAGGCAGCAAGAACAAGGAGCAGAAGCAGCGAUUGAAGCUUACCAGAACAUACAGUAGUGUCAGUCUGUCGAGCGCUAGGGACAAGGCGGUCACAGCGCCCAUUGCGGAUCGAAGCCACCACAUCUUCUUCCCCUUCUUCGGCGGCAACGAUGACAAGACAGCGUUGAGAUUGGUUCUGCAGUUGGCAGAGAAUCCGCAAGUUACUGCUACAGUUGUGUAUUUCGAUGUUCCAGAGUCCAUCAUUGGUGCUUCUGCAUCUUCGCCAAUCUCUUCAACGGUGUUAGGAAAGGAUGGACAAGCCGUAACGACAACGACCACAACCACGUCCCGCGACCAAGACGCAGCCUUCUUCGCUUCGCUGCGCGCCUCGCUUCCUGUCGACCUGGCGAACCGCGUUAUCUUCGAGACUGUGCCAUCCACUGCACCAGUCGCUGAUGUUAUCGCCCGAGCGAGCAUCGAGGUUGGUCAGUCGCCGAGAAACGCAGGUGAUCUCAUCGUGUUGGGUAGGAAUGUCGCGAGGAACAGUGUGUUGGAGAGGGAGAACACUACGGACGAGAUAAGGAGUAGUUCGAGUGCGGCGGGUACGCUAGGUGUGCUUGCUGAGAAGGUUUGGGAAGGGAAACUGGGGGCUAGUGUCUUGGUUGUAAAGGCAGGAUUGUGA